AUGUUCCUGGGUAAUCCGCUCUCGACGCGAAAUAGAGUCCAGUACGUGCCUCCUUCGAGGCCUCGGCAAGAUCCAGAAAUCACGAUUGACCUUCUUUCUACAGAGAACAACGAAGUACAUGAAGAAGUGACCCAGCAAAGGAAUCGUGACAGACCCCAGGUCUUCUCUAAGGAUGCCAUCUACACGCUCAUAUCCACCACAUACUCCCUUUUGGUUAUUGCAUUCUUUAAAACACUCGUGGAUAAGGUUAAGCGCCGGUCGCUUGAACCUGUUCAUGUGGAAGAGGAAGUGGAAGAUCAACCCAAGGAAUCAGAGACUGAAGAACCUAAGCCAAUAGAGAUCCCAGAACCAGCACCGUCUCCUAAACUAGCACCACUUCUGUACUCGCAAGUUACAAAACCAGACCCGUAUGAAUCGUUGUUUCUGAUCGACUCAGAUGAAGAUAUCGAUGAUAGUGUUCAGUACGGUACUUCGCUUGCAAUCAGUAAGAAUAACUUCAAGGCUAGAAACACAGAGGAAGAACACGCCUAUCAUAUUCUGAACUCGACCACAUUCCUUAAUAACAAGUUCCUCAAUUCAGAUAUUCUUACAGGUACCGAUGAUGCAUCUGACUUCUUCUCCCUCUCCAAACCAACUGAUGAGUACGAUGCCGCUGUGUCUAAGUUUUACCAGCCAUUCAAGCCGUUGCCAAAGCAGCAGAAAACCCUUACUGAAACUAUAUUAGCAGGGUUCCCACUGGUUACAAGUAUCCUACGAGAUGAACAAAAGAAGAUCCAGAACCUCAUCACCAAAGAGCGUAAGACCGUUCUGUCAGCUAUUCCCCCAUUGGCCAAAGACCAACUUGAUCUUGUUAACAGCUACUGGGGCUCUCGCAACCCUAGCGUUCAGGUUGCAUCUGCAUACUCCAUAGACUUGACCGUGAGAGACCUCUCCACGUUGGCUGACGGUCAAUGGCUUAAUGAUAACGUCAUUGAUUUCUACUUGAACAUGGUGACCGAUCAAAAUAAACUGGUUUACUGUUGGACAACACACUUUUACUCGACAUUGAAGCAGAAAGGGUACCAGGGUGUUGCUAGGUGGGCGAAAAGAAGAAAGAUCAAUGUGUUUGAAAAAGAUAGAGUUAUUGUGCCCAUAAACAUCAUGAGUACGCAUUGGGCCCUUGCUGUGGUGGAUAAUAAAAGAAAAACCAUUAGCUACUUCGAUUCGUUAGCAUCACGAGGAAACGUCUCUGCUGUGGAGUUAUUACAAGUAUACAUGUCCAAGGAGGCAGAGAGGCUUCUGCUCCCACCAGUCACCUACGAUCUCAUACCAGGCGAAAAGACGCCCCAGCAACAAAACGGUUUUGAUUGUGGAGUAUUUACAUGUACCGUUGCCAAAUUCAUGUCGAGAGAACAACCUCUCAGCUUUGGCCAGCAAGACAUGCGCAAUAUUAGAAGGCGUAUGGCUUAUGAGAUCAUUCUGCAAACAUUGUUAGAUAAUCCAGCAACUGCUGGCCCUCACCUUUGA